AUGAAGCAGAAAACAAUCGUUAUCAAAUUUAUCAUUGUGCAAAUUACAAAAAUUGGAAAAAAAAUUUGAAGCGAUGAUGAAAUUUAUUUGAAAUAUUACUCGCUUUUUCGAUAGCAAUUUUUUGAUUUAUGCUUCCAAAUCUAUCAAAAUGACAAACGAAACUUCUCAAUCAGGAUCACAAUUGGAUACGGGACGAACGUUGGCGAAACGAAAUGAGAAGUGGUAUCCUGCAGAAAUCAUACAUAAACGUUUCAACGAAGAACGUAACUAUAACGAGUACUAUGUCCAUUAUGACGGUUGCGAUCGACGAUUGGAUCAGUGGCUACCUCCUGAACAAGUGAAAGAAUUACUGGAUGAGAAUGAUGAUACCAAGCCUGGUGAACAAAUUCUCAGCGAAGCCAUCGCUGCUUCUACAAUCGAUUCCAACGAAGGAGGAUACCGAAAAAUUACUCGAAAUCAGAAAAGACGUCAUAAUGAAAUUAAUCACGUUCCUAAAUCGAUUGCCGAAAUGGACCCGGAGACAGCUGCUUUGGAAAGAGAACACGAAGCUUUAACUAGAGUCAAAUACAUCACGAGAAUUCAAAUCGGCUGUUUUGAAAUCGACACUUGGUAUUUCAGUCCUUAUCCGGACGAUUACGGCAAAGUACCGAAAUUGUGGAUAUGCGAAUACUGUCUUCGGUAUAUGCGUUUCGAAAUGUCGUAUAAUUUACACAGAGCAGAGUGUAACUGCCGUCAACCACCUGGUAAAGAGAUCUACAGAUUUGGUUCGAUAUCAAUAUGGGAAAUGGAUGGAAGCGUGCAUAAAAUAUAUUGCCAAAAUUUAUGUCUCAUGGCUAAAUUAUUUUUGGACCAUAAAACGUUGUUUUUCGACGUGGGCCCCUUCAUGUUUUACGUUAUGUGCCAAGUAGAUAGAAAUGGAGCUCACAUUAUCGGAUAUUUUUCAAAAGAAAAAUUUUCCUCCGAAGGUAAUAACGUCGCUUGUAUAUUAACUCUACCUCCGUACCAGAGAAAAGGAUAUGGAAAAUUGUUGAUCGCUUUUAGUUACGAAUUAAGCAAAAUAGAAGGAGCAAUUGCCAGUCCGGAAAAGCCGUUAUCCGAUCUUGGACUACUAUCUUACAGAUCUUAUUGGUCUUGGGUAUUACUUCAGCAUCUGAACGCUUCGUGUAAACCUCUUUCCAUUAAAGAAUUAAGUUAUAAAACUAGUAUAACGGAAACGGACAUUAUAACGACGCUUCAGUCUAUGAAUUUACUCAAGUACUGGAAAGGCAAUCACGUAAUUAGUGUGACGGCUAAAUCUCUUCACGAUUUAUCGAAGCAAUAUAAAAAGCCGAAGUAUCAUAUUGACAAAUCAGCAAUCAGAUGGACGCCUCCGUAUAAGAAGAUCAAUAAUCGACAUACUAAAAUUUUGUAAACUUUAAAAUAAGCUCAAGUAAAUAGUGAAUAAUUUUUUUUU